CGCUAGGUCAGAAGCAAAACCAAAGCCGGACGAGGCGGACGUGUGUGACGCUCGGGUGCGCGAUAUUUUUGAGAUUUGUAACUGUUGUGUGCGUUGUCGCCUGCCUUUGCUUUGCUGUGUGUGUUGGGUACUCUUUUUUUUUACACUUUUGUUUGGCCGCUGCCACCGUCGUCGUCGUCGUCGUCGUCAUCGUCGUCACCAACGUCUUUGCCGCUUACAAUUUGACUCUUCGUCCACCACCAAACAUCAAACUGUGUGUGUGUGUGUUCGCGCGUGUGUGUAACAAGUACAAACAACAAAAUUCAUAAAUAAAUAACCGAAAUUGUUUUUGGACUUUAUUAUAUCAAUUUUUUUUGUUGCCGCGUGUUGCGUGCACAAACGCAUAAAAAACAACCAAAUUCCUAAGAUCAAUACACACAAAUACAACAACAAUAAUACAUGCGUACCUGGGCAAAGCAGCAGCAGCAUCAAAUCAAAUAAAAGCGGAGCACACCAAACAUAACCAAGAAGAAAACGGCGAAGCAGCAGUUACUUGCGAUCAGAAAGGAGUGAGCGAGAGCGAGAGAGCGCGAGCAUAAAUAUCAAGCAGUGCGUGUGAAACUGUAAACUGUUUCGCAAUCGAAGCGAAGACGAAGAAAACGUACAAAUAAAAGAAGCAAGCAAACCUACCACGCGUCGUCGGCUCGUUGCGCUUCGGUUCGGUUAUUGCGUUCGGCACUUUACUCUCUCUCCGUGCUCCCCCCACCCCCAACACGCACACCCCCCACUAACAUCAUCAUCCACCAUAGUCGACGUCAGCGCCAGCGUCGUCGUCGUAUCUGUCUCGACUGACUGACUGACUGACUUUGCGUGUGUCGAACUUUGGCAGCAGCAGCAGCAGCAGCGUAGACAAAAACUUCUAAGAAGCAGCGCUGCUUAUUCGGUGCGUGUGCGUGUGUAUUUGAUUGCCAUAUGUGCUGAGUCUGUUUGUGUGUGCACAAGGUGUGGUGUGUAUACAAAAUCGAUUGAACCAAACGCCGCAGUUGCCGCUAACGUCGCAGUCGCAGUCGCUGCAACGCGUUCGAACGUUACGCGAUUUUUCAAACGCAUUUUUUUCAUGUGCUGAGAGCGUGUGAUAUUUUUUUUUCUGUGUCAAAUUCAAAUCAACCUUAAAAUUUCAACGAAAAAGAAAUACAUACGACUACUGGAUACUCUACGGAAUUAUUGCAAAUGAUGGAUAAGUCAACAACGAAUGCUGCGGCCGACAAUGAGGCAACAAAUGCUGCCACUGGGUGUGGCAGCAACACCAGCACUACAACAACAACAACUGGCAACGGCAGCAGCAACAACAACAACACCACUGCCAAUGGCAACACCAACAAUAGUGCUGCAAGUGCCACAAAUGGUGGCAACAACAACAACUGCAGCAGCGGCAGCAGCAACAACAAUGCUCGGCCCAAUAUCUUGCAACGUUUUGGCGUGGCGGCCACAACAAGUGCGCUGCUUAACAACAACAGUUCCACAACCGUUGUGCUGGGCACAGCGAACAACAACAACAGCAACAGCACGAUGAUUAACCUCAAUAUCAACACAACAACCGGCGGCAGCUUCGGUGUCAGCGUUGAGCCGCACAUCACUGUUGAGAGUCUGAAGAAGAUCAUCGCCAAGAAGCUGAAAGUGGCCAAGGAUCGCAUUUGUUUGCUGCAUCGUGAGAAAGAACUACAGGAUGGCACGCUGAGAGAUCACAAUUUAAUGGAUGGUUCCAAGAUCAUUUUAAUACCAAAUGUGGAAACUGGUUUAUUGGCCCAGCGACCGGAGAACACGGUGAUGCAAGCGUUGGAAUCGCUCAACGAUUCGCAGGUGAACGACUUCCUCAGCGGUAAGACGCCGCUCAAUCUGAGCAUGCGUCUCGGCGAUCACAUGAUGCUCAUCCAGCUGCAGUUGAGCACCGUGAAUCCCGCCGGUGGCGGCACAGCUGCAGCUGCCACCGCUGCCCUGCCGCCGGCUGCCACAAGUGGCAACGCGUGCUCGAGCCUGACUAAUGUCAGCGCCUCUUCCAUCUCCUCCGCCUCUGCCUCCGCCGCCUCAGCGUCUGCUGUUGCGCCAUCAGGCUCCCACAUGCGCACACGCUCCUCAUCGAGUCAUCGCGGAUCGUCGUCGUCGUCGUCAUCGUCGAGUGGAUCAUCGUUGCGUCUGGGCAACGGACAUGUGCACAGCCAACAGCAUCCGAGUUUGCAGCACAGUCACAGUCAUCACCACCAUCAUCAUCAUCAUCACCACAACGCCUCGGCUGUGGCCGCCGGCAGCUCUGGCAGCGCCACACGCAACAGCUCCAGCUCUAGCUCCUCCAACUCUUCUGGCUCCUCCAGCUCGAGUCGUAGUCAUGGCCAUGGACAUGCCAUCAAGAGCUCCGAUCUGAGCUCGUUCCUCAGCAAACGCGACUACGAGAGCCUCCAAAACAUUGUGAAGAGCAUUGCGUUGACGCAGGCUCCCCGUGCCGCUGCUGCCGCAGCCGCUGCCGCCGCCGCAGCUGCAGCAGCUGCCAGUACAACAACAACAGCAGCCACAACAGCAACAGCAAUGACAGCCGCAAGUGGGACACCUGCGGUUGGUGGCGUUAAAUCACUGUUGGAGCAAUCGCCCAUCAAAUCGCUCUCGAAUCUCGUGUCGAGUCCCAUCAAAACGACGGCCAUCAAGAACUUGCACAUGGGCACAGCAGCAACAGCAGCAGCAGCAAAUGGGUCAACAGCAGCGGCAGCAGCAGCAGCAACAUCGACAGCUAGUUCCUCCACAGCUGCCGCAGCAGCAGCGCCAACAAACCACAGCAACAGUUGCAACAGCAGCGGUGGCAGCUGCCAACAGGAUCCGAUUGCGGCCAAGCUUACCUCAUGCCUCUGCAAGCGACUGCUCAACUCGACGCCAGCGACAACAUCAGCAACAUCAACAGCAACGCCACCAACAUCAAGCAACACUGUGGCGCCACUCGCCAAUAACUCGGGCGUCUUGACGCGCGCCUCGAACUCGUCGUCGUCGUCAUCAUCGAUGGGGAGCAGCUCGCUGCACAAGACGGUCAACAAUCCGAUCACAGUGACACGCUCGAAGCAUCGUCAUCAUCACCACCAUCAUCAUCAUCACCAUCACUAUCAUCAUGCAGCUGCUGCUGCAGCCGCUGCCGCCGCUGCAGCUGCUGCUCGGAAGCCCCAAGAGUUGACAUCAGCCGCCACCACUUCCACCUCGAACACAAGCAGCUCCUCCACAACGUCAACGUCUUCAUCCUCCUCGUCGUCGUCGUCAUCGGAACUGGAUGAUGCCGGUUCUCUUGCUGUCUCCGAUACACGCACGCUGGCCGAAGCGUCGCGCAAUUUAACGCAAACGUUGCGCAAACUCUCCAAGGAGGUCUUCACCAACAAGAUCGAUUUAUCCGGCGGCGGCAGCGUCGGUGUUGGUGCCGGCAACGCUGGCAGCGUUGGCUCUAGCUCGGGUGGCGACGAUGCGCCCCGCAAGAGCAGCUCUGGCGCCGUGAUUGAGUCGAUGAAGAACCACGGCAAGGGCAUCUAUUCGGGCACCUUCUCGGGUACUCUGAAUCCCGCGUUGCAGGAUCGCUUUGGACGUCCCAAGCGCGACAUUUCCACGGUCAUUCACAUACUCAACGAUCUGUUGAGUGCCACACCGCAAUACAGUCGCGGUGCACGCAUCAGCUUCGAGGCGCCGGGUUCGUCGAGCAGCGGCAGCAGCAGCAACAGCAACAGCGUCUCCAACUCGUCGAGCAGCUCUGCGAAUUCCUCGACGAACAGCAGCAGAAAUGGCCUCGCUGCCUUGGCAGCGGGCGCAUCGUCAGCUGCAGCUGCUGGUGGCAUGCAUCACACAUCACGCAACAAGCUGUACUCGAGCAAGCACCACAACUGUGCCAAGUGCAACAGUCGCGCCCAGCAGCAACAGCAACAGGCAGCGGCAGCAGCAGCAUUGUCCGCCGCUGGCGGAGGAAGCUGCGUCUACGGUGAAUGCAACGGACACUACACGCAAGCAGCGACCAAUGGAAAGGGGGCGACGGCAGCGACAGCAUCCAAGUGUUGCACAGAUGCAAGCAACAAUGCCAGCUCAACGCUGGCCACCAACAACGGUUGCAUGUGCCGUUAUCGCAGCAGCGAUGGCAGCAGCAACAGCAACAGCAGCAACAACGGUGGCGACAUGUGCCAGAAGUGUGUGGCAGAGAUGGCGAAUCUGAAGACAAAGUCAAAGCUCGACCAGCUGCGUCUGGUCAUGCAACAGCGCAAGCAGAAGCGUGAGGCACGCAAGCUCAAGAGCUCGCCAUAUGCAACAGCAGCAGCAGCAGCUGGCGAUGCAACUGCGCCCGAGGCGGCAGCAACAGCUGCAACUGCAACUGCAGCAGCAGCAACAGCGACGCCGCAAUUCAAUGCAGUCAGCGUUAAGGCAACAACAACGACGACGGCGACAAGCAGCAGCAACACCUCUGCUGCAGCAGCAACUGCAACAGCAGCAGCAGCCGCAGCCACGGCAGCAGCAGCCACAACAGCAACAGCAACAACGACUGCAGCAGCAGCAACAGCGGCAGCCACAGCGACAGCAACCACAACAACAACCACCGCACCACCCAGCGAAGUGUCGCCCAACCACAUUGUCGAGGAGGUCGAUACAGCUGCCUAAGCGUCACGCCCCUCCGCCCACUCAUUUCUAUCGACAGCAUUUACUACAACAACAACAACAACAGCAACCACAACAACAAAUCUGUUUAUAUAUUUUGUAUUUCUUCUAACAAAUAUUUUGUAUGCGAAUUGUUUGCUUCCACUUAACAUGCAACUGCCACGCCCACAGUGUGCAACCCCCCAUCCCUCCCUCCGCCCAGCAUUGUUUGAAACAACAGCGUGGAGCUAAAGGAGAGAUAAGUGAAGGAUCGAAGGGGGUGCGGGGGAGAAAAAGAGAGACAGAGAGAUAGAGCGAGCGUGAGGUAGAAAGCGAGAACCGUUGAGCUGUUAAAUUAAUUUUAAGCAACAACAACAACAAUAAUUAACACAAUUCACAACAAUAAUCAGCCGGCUAAGCUCUACCCCUCCUCCUCCUCCUCCUUUCCCCUUUUCCCCACUGUGUGGUCAGAUUAUUUCAUGUUUCUAAACUUAAUUUAGUGAAAUUGAUUUUUUUUUUAACUACUUAUACUACUUAUCAUAAUUAUUAUUAUUAUUAUUGUACUUUCUUUGUUUUGUGGCAGCCACAACAAAAUCGAGGCAGAGCCCCAAGAUGGAAUCAAGUGAAAACAAAAGAAAACAAAAAAAAAAAAAAACAAAACAAUGAAACAAAACAAAUAAUGCAAAAAAUACUAUAAAUAUUACAUUAUAAAAGAAAAGAAAACAAAAAUAUUUCUAUGCAAAACUGCUAAUUGCUAAUUUUAAGCUGAACAAAAUGAAAGAAGAUGUAACCCAAUACUAUAAUAGCAUUAUAUAUAUAUAUAAAUUAAUGAAUAUUUUUUUUCGCAUGUAAUUUUUAUGUAAGCCAAAAACCGGCGAUGAAAUUGAAUAUGAAAAUAUGAUGAACAAUUGAAAGAAGAAAUCGAAGGAAAGAAUUAAGAUUAUAAGCAAGAAGAAAAGUUUAGCAAAGUAGAGUUUAAAUUUAGACACACACACAUCCAACACACACACACACACACAUGCGCACUGGCGUCGAUUGCAUUGAAAUUGAAAUGGAAAUUGAAAUUGAAUUGCAACCUUUAGCAGCUUUAUGUUAUGUUAACUCUUUUUUGAGCAGCGUUGCGCGCUGUUAACCUCUAAUUUGCCUUAAUAGAAAAUCGUCGUCUCUUUUUAUAUACAUAUAUUUGUUUUUGCCUAACGUUUUUUUUUUCUUAUAUAUAUAUACAUAUUUUAUUUGUGGUCAUUACACCUAUUUACUACUACUUUAACUACUAUUAUUAUUACUAUUGAUCGUAAUUAUUGUAAUUGUAAUUAUAGUUGUAAAACAUCCAUCACCAACAUUGUGUUUCUUUAUUCAUAAUAUUUGUAAUAAUUAUUCUAUAUGCAGAGUGUUUUUUUUUAAUUUGUUUUAAGCCGUAAUUAGGCUGAAAUUCAACGCACUAUUAAAUUAAUUCUAAGCUGCGAAAAGCGCUCGUAUAAACAUUUAAUUCGUUCUCUUUGUGUUCUCACCCAAAUUUUUUUUUUUUUAAUAAUCUAAUGAAUUAAGUAUGAAUAUUUGUAAUAACAACAACAACAACAACUAGAAACAACAAAAUGCAAUUAGUUCUUUAGUUAAAAGUUAACAUUUUUAUCAUUACGAUUAUGUUGAUUUAAUUUGAUUGCUUGCAAUUAUCUUGGUUUUGAUUUCAAUAAAAAAAAACACCAACAAAUACUUAGUUAAUGGUUUAGUUAAAAAAAAAAAGCUGCAUUUUUCAUUUUUGUUUUCUUCUCGCCACUGUUAAUGCACUGUUAACACGCUGUUAAGGCGCUGUUAAUCGCACGAUCGUCUGUGCAAUAAACUACAACUAGAACAACAACAACAUGAAAUGUAAAGAAAUGAUAUCUGUACGUGUUCUUAUCUCUUUCGAUUCGACUUUGUUGGUAAUUAUGUGCCAAUUGCAAAUACUUAGCAUUGUAAAAAAUACCUUAACACACACACACACACACACUCGAAUAUACACACGUAAGGCGACAACUUGACCAAUUAUUACAGCUCCGAUAGUAUGAUCCAUGGUCCUAGUUAUUCUCAUAUACAUACAAUAUACAUACUAUUAUUAUAGAUUGUAAGUUAACAACAAAAACAAACAAACAA